UAUAAUGAGGCCGAGCUGGGCGCCAACAGACCAGGAAGUCCAAAUUCUAGGUUCGCUUUCACUGCUUCCCAUAAUUGUCAGUGUGAGUCUGGUUCCGAAAAUGGAGUCACAGUCGUAUCUUCCCGUACAACCCGGUGUGUGCAUGGAAGAAAAUUUCUUUUCCUUGGACGAUAUUUUGCUUUCCCACCAGCGACUUCCUAUCCGCACCGAAGUUUCUUUUCCUCGGCUUGGAUUCCUCGAAAAAUCGAGCGACUCGCCCGAUAUUCCCAUGGGUACAAAAAUGGAGUUGCCUUUGUGGCUGUCCAAGGGUUUGUAUGAGCAGAACAAAAGGAUGCUGUCAGUCGAGCUCCCCAAGGUUUAUCGAGAAGGCUGGAGGACGGUUUUCAAUGCAGACCCUAAUGUUGUGGAUCUACACAAGUUGGGGCCUUACUAUUAUGGCCUGGGAUCCCAGAUGCUGCACUUUGACAGUCCAGAGAACCCAGAAAUUGCACAGACGUUGCUACAGACAUUCAUUGGGCGUUUCAGGCGGACGAUGGACUCUUCUCAGAACGCUUACAAUGAGGACACCUCGGCGCUAGUGGAACGUCUAGACUGUCUUGAGAAGACGCUGUUUGUGUCGGGGCAAUGCGGCCUCAACAGCUUCCAGGGCUGGGAGAAAGGACAAGCCUCCCAGCUCUCUGCCUCAAACCUGGUGCUCAAUUACCGCAAGCGGAAGAUAACAGAUGUGCAGUCGUGACCUUGCCUGCUCUCGAGUGUACACGUCAGCAACAGACUCUUCACGCUUCUUGUCCUGCAGAGACUCUUCUCCCUGAUUCGUAUAAUACACAUUCCUUCGAUGGGCGCUCUUCCCAAUGUACUCUGGCUUCUUCCCACUUUCCAGAAACAUGUAUUGGGUUCAUUGAAGACUAAAAAUUGCCGUGUGUGUCUCACAUGCAAUGACAGGCUUAACUUUGAAACACAAAACAUAUCUGUGAGAGACAUGCUCCAUGGGCAAGCUCUGGGAAUAAAUCUACUGUUUCUGAAUA